AUGGGUGACAUUAUGUUUACAGCUUCCACAGGACUUGCCGUCCUUCUGUGUGUCGUACCAGGAAUCUUCCAUGUACAAACUCGAAAUUACGGAGCGAUAUUCAUGACAAUAUGGAUAAUAUUAUCAAAUUUCAUAAUCUUUGUGAAUUCGCUUUUAUGGCCAGAUCCUAUAAAUUUGGAAGAUAAAGCAGAAAUUUGGUGUUUAAUUUCUUCCCCAAUAUAUGUGGCAACUCAUUUCGGUCUUUUGGCCUCCAUCACUUGUAUGAUAUAUACAUUGUACUCCUAUGUUGCUUACCCUGUUAUCUUAACGGAAACGGUCAAAAGACGAGGAGCUAUAAGAGAUUUUAUUAUUAGUAUUGUAAUGCCACUCAUCUUCAUGGGCCUAUUUUAUUUAGUGCAAAAAAGAAAAUAUUCCAUCCGCCCUGUUCUUGGAUGUUUUAGUCCCGCUCAAAUCAAUUGGGUUUUCAUUAUCAUCAAUAACAUAUGGCCCCCGAUUAUUUCUUUAAUUGGUUGUUAUUAUUCAGGAAUGACCGCGUAUGCCAUAAUUAAAAAAAGACUUGAAAUCCAAUCACUCUUAAGGCAUAAUGAAUCCGGACUUAGCUCUUCAAAAUUCUAUCGUCUAGUCUUCUUUUGUAUUACGUUUCUUAUCUUCGCCUUGCCAGCCGCUCUUCUCAACUUUUUCUCAAAUAUCUUGGAUGGUAUUGAACCAUAUGACAUGUAUAAAAAUCGAUUAUAUUAUAAUGAUAUCGAAAAGUUCCCAGGAGAAACUAAUGGUGUAACAUUUGUGGAUUAUGCUAAACCUUUAGCUGGAUUUUUCGUUUUCAUAUUUUUUGGUACAGGACAAGAUGCAAUGACAGCUUAUGGAAAAUGGCUCAAGCUUCUCAAGUUGGAUAAAGUUUUCGGUUUUUGUAUUAUUUCUCGUUAUUUAUCUCGAAAAGAUGAUGAAACUUCUACUUCCUACUCUGGAACCCUUCGAAGUUUCCAAAGUAAUUCAACCUCAUACAACAGUAAUAAUACUAACGAAAAACAACCGCAAUUACCAAAAAAAUCCUUGCGAAAGUCUGAAACUUUUAACACAAAACAUAUCUUACCUCCUCCAAAUGUUUUAAUAAGCAAAGAAAAGAAAAUUAGUUUCAAAAAUAUUUUGUUCUUGAAUGGACAUCGUACUCCAAGUGAACAGGCCGCGUUCGAUUUAACGUCUGGCUUAAAAAUAAGAAUUGAUGGCAUAGACACCCAAACCAUCAUAGACGAA